AGGGGUUUAGUCUAAAGAGAACUGUUGUGUGCGACCCAAAAAUGAAUUUUCCGAUCAUCGUUAUUGGUUUCUUGUAUCUGUGAAAUGAAAUGGAUGAAGAGGAACUCCAUUCAUCACUUGAGACCUACAAAUCUCAACUGCAUCAAGUAGAGCAAGCCAUCCAAGCAGCUGGAUCCAGUCCAGAUCUAGAGGCGCUCAGAAAUGACCUCACUGAACUUGUAAACCUGACACAAGGGAGUCUACUGUCAUUAAAGAAAAGCCAAUUAUUGAAAGAGAUAGAUUCCAGGGAUGGUAGUGGUGGCAGUUCUGAUUCAAAGGGGAAUAACUCUGUAAAACAAAAAGCCAGUUUAUAUGACAGUGAGGAAAGUGGAUCAACAAGUUUAGAUAAUGAAUAUGCAGCAUUUCAGGAGAUGCUUGGUACUGAUGUCACCUCAAGUCAAGAUUCUGCGGAAAACAAAAAUAAUUUCAAAGAAAAAGUGUAUGAAGGACGAGAUAGAUGUAAUGAAGAAUUAGAUGUAUCAUCAGGAGGGAGUGUUAAUGAUCUCUAUAAGGAUAUUGUUGGCACGAGAUGUCAGGCACCUUAUGCACACGACUGGGGAGAGAAGGCAUACGGGAAUGCUUUGAUUGCAGGGGUGGAGACAGGCUUGGAGACUGAAAUGCCAAAGGUACAAGUGAUGUUCAGUAACCCUACUCACUCCGCAAUGUUGCCCUGUAAAUACUUCCUGUCCGGUUCCUGUAGAUUCACUGACCAAGAUUGCAGGUUCAGUCACGGUCAUCUGGUGGAACUGGAAGACUUGAGAGAAUACAUUGAGCCUGACCACAGUUUAAUCAAGUUAGAGAGCAAGUGUUUAGCCAGGUAUGACGAUGACGACCUCUGGUACAAGGCCACUGUUGUAGAGGUUGGAGAGUCAGAGGUUAAGGUCACAUUUGAUAGCUACUCCGACGACCCUUUGUCUUUGCUUUGGGAAGAUGUUUUACCUUUAGAUGAUGAAUCAGAUUCUUCCAGUGAGUCAGGUGAUGAUGACAUCAUUAUAAAUCAACCAAUCAGCAGAGAUGACAGUGAUGAUGAGGAUGACUUUCCAGUGUUUCUAUGGAAACCUUCAAGUCAUGGCCUUGGUGACCUUGGACAGUGGGAGGCCCAUACAAAGGGUGUAGGUAGCAGAUUGUUAUCCAAGAUGGGUUACAUACCCGGCCAAGGCCUUGGGAAAAAUGGUGAAGGAAGGAUCGAGCCUGUCCCCAUACAGCUGUUACCACAAGGGAAGUCUUUAGACAAGAUAAUGGCCUUAAAGGAGAUUUCUGGAAAUCGAGAUAUGUUUGAUGCCAUGAAGAGGCAGGAAAAGCUUGACAGAAACCUUGCCAAGAAGCUCGAGAACCAGUAUAAAUCUGGUGUGCAGAAGACAGGCGUGUUUGAUUUUAUUAAUAAGAAGCUAGGAGGAAAGAAAGGAAAGCUUAGUGAGCUUAUACAUCACCAUGGAGAUGGGAAACAGUCACAUGGAGGUCAAGGCCACUCAAAAUUACACAGGAAUAUAUCUGAGCAAGACUUGAAAGAAAAGUCUGACAAAAAUAUUAAUAUACAGCUUUUGAAAACUAGUGGCGAGAUGAAAUCAGUGCAGAAGGAAUUGAUGAAGUUAAAAGAAUCACUUUCAAGAAAUGAGAGGGACAAAAGUGUAACAGCCAGAGUGAAGACCAAGAUUUCGUCUCUUGAAUCCUACUUGGAGAAGCUCAAAUCGUCAGAAAACCUUAUGGAAUCACACCAACAGAAACGAAAGAACCACAAAAAGAUGACAGUGUUCUAACGUUGAAGUGUUUUAACUUUCAGUUGUUUUAAAGAUAUUUGAUAUAUAAUGUGUUAGUAGUUAUGUUGUGUGGUAAAUUAUUUCAAAGCUCGUUACAAUAUUUGAGUUCGCAAAAGGCUCGUUUUGAUAAUAAAAUUAUUGUUAAA